AUGGAAGCUUUGAGGAAAUUUGCUUUCUUUAAAAAGAGGCCAAUUUAUUGUCUGAUUGCGAAUGAAGAUAUAGCCAUUGUGUUUGUGGGACGUACAAGCAGUGGCAAAUCAUCCUUGAUAAAUGCAUUACUUCAAGACAGCCGUCUUCCCGUUAAAAAAGUUCAGACAACGAUGUGCAAAAUUCAGGUUCGCCCUACGGCUAAUGAAGAGUGGAGUGUUGUUAAAGUUGGUUGUGAAAAGCCACUGUCUGACCAAAUGAGCGAAAAGGACGUAAAGGCCCUCUUGAGUAAGAUGUCUGGUAAGUCAAACGCUGCAGAAAGGGAGAAGCUCAACAUCGACUCUCACAGUGUCAUACAAGUGAAUUGGCCUCGCCACCUCUGCACUCUACCAGAAAAUAUCGUUUUGAUAGAUACACACGGUUCUAGUGAGAGCACCGAAGGCAACAAAGUUGUCCACGACUCCUACAAGGAGGCAGAUAUACUCGUUGGUGUGAUGGAUUUUAAGUCACCUUCCAUACAUUGUAUUGCAGGUCUGCUAAACAAUGUGAAUUGCCAGUUCAAAUUUGGCUUCUUUACAAAAUGGGAAGAAGAAGAGGAGGAAAUAGAAACAACAGUCAAAGCAGGCGAGUGGCAACAAAUACGAGAGGGCUACGAAGAGGAUUUUCGGAGUCUCGUGAGUGGCAAAUGCGAGAUUUAUUUCGUUGGUGCAAAGCAUUUUAUCAAAGCAGAGGUGAGUGCUGUUAUUCCUACUGCUAUUGCUACUACUACUGCUACUGGCACUACCACUUCGGCAAAGCCAGAAGCUGCUGGCGCUGUUGCUACUACUGCUGGUACUGCUGCUGCUGCUGUUCCCAUGUUACUGGAAAAACUUUCAGGAUUUGAAAUUGGACAAACGAUAAGGAGACGUUUCGGGCCCAGUAGGUUGAAGGUCAACAGCAUAAAACAAUUAGCAUUUGAAAAUUUGAUAGGAAUUAGAACACAAUGUGAAAAAUGCAAAGUAUCGCUAUCUGAGGGAAUGGACAUGAUCGCCAAGAGUUUAUCAGAGAUAAAAAAAGAAAACGAUCGUUUGUCGGGUAAAAAGUCAAGACUGAGUAAGGAAUUAAAUCAACUAAAGGAGUGGUCGAAGAAACUAAAUGAAAGCACAAAGCGUUUGCAGGAGGUCCAAAAUGAGUUAAACAAGCUGAAGCCUGGGUUGAGAGGCAAAACCACAGUUCCUGUGGAUGACCAGACAGAAAAUCAGUCACCCGUUCAACCAGAAGACCAAGAACACUAA